CAGCCACCAGCAGAGCGGCGAGUCCGAAAAGCCCCAACAGCAGUGAAGACGAAAGAAAGAAAGAAAGAAAGAAAGAAAAGAAAAACAAAAAGACUUUCCCCGACAGACUUCGCAGCGGCCAGUCAGUCGGUGUCCAACAGCGACGCUGAAACGCGACGGGACACCCCCGGCGGGCGGCGGCUGUUUCCAUGACCAGCCUGGCAAUCACGCGACGGGCGGCGCUCUGGUUGGCCCGCCGGCCAGGGGACCAAACGGGCGCCCCUCCUUUCGUUUCGGCCGUCCGAGUCGCUUGAAGAGGAUCUUGCAGCGCCGCUCCUCAUCACACGCGCCGUAGCUGCGCCUUUAAUAUCCCGUCAAGGGCCACCCGCGGUCGUUGGCCCCUGCUUGCCCCGGCGCCCGCCGUCCGUGCGACGACUGCGAUACGGAUCUUGGUCACAGGCGUGACUCGAGUGGCUACUGGCGAUCAUGAGCAAAAAGCUAGAGACGCCGAGGAUGCGGGAGAGAGGGGGCGGGGGGCGCAUUUGCCAUCUGGCCCCCGGACGUGUAAAUUUGUUGGCGAUGCGAUGGAACCGAGUGACGACGGUCCCGAAUCCCGAUUCACCAGCUCAGGCGGCGUGAGGUCAGCGGAUACGUACGGACGUGCGAGUACAACUACCGAACAGUCCCCCCGCUCCACGCGCUCGCUUCCCGAAGAAAUGAUGGAGUGUUUUCGCGCUUGCUAGCCAUCUUUCGUUGACGCCAGUGUUUUCCUUCUUGUUUUGGUCUUACUGCCGGAUCUGCAAAGCAGGGUUGGUGGACUGACUGCGCCGUCAGCCCCCGUCCUCCCGUCGACACCUCCUGAGCGUCACAGCAUCUGAGGCACGGGCAGACCUUCCAGUUGGUCUGUCUGCAACACGCCCGCGCCAUCCAGUCGUUUUGAUCACCGGGCAAAUCCAAAGCCGAGUAUUGCCGUGUAAGCCUGGUUUUGAGUCUUGACCGACACUGCACAGUUUACACAGGCCCGCCGGCUGGCUGCCCACCCGACAUCGUCGCCUCUCGCGCCUCCUUUUCGCCUCGCGACGACUUUCACGGGGCACCAAAACCGAGCACAGGCUGCCGUGGAAACAGCCCAACAACUUGGAAGGCUGCUCGGGAGCUCUGCCCAGUUCACGGAGACGCUCCGCCGGCGCUUACUCCAGGCAGCCCGCCUGUGGGAGCUCUUGAGAGAGGACGCACAAGCACUAGCAGUGCCACCAGCGUCAGCUUCCAGAAAAAGAACAGCCGUUUCAACCUCGACCAGCCCAGUCGCCGCCGCCACCAUGUGGGACCGCCUGCGAACCGCGACGGCGACCAGCGCAACCGACGCUCCAGCAUCCCCGGCCACCAACACCACCACCGCCCUCGCAACGGCCGAGCAGGACUUCCUUCACCAUCCCCCUCCUCGUCAUCACGCCGCCUCGUCGUCCAAGCCUCGUCGUGGCGCCUCCGUCGGCAAGCAUAAGCAGAGAAUCCCCCGCAUCCGCAGCCCCAGGUCGCGCCGUUCUGACAGCCUCGACGACCCGCUCGACGCACUGGGCAUCUCGCGCAACGUCCCCUUCCGCCUCGAGGUUCGCAGGGGCAAGGUUGUGCCCCGGCUAUCUUCAGUUGACGUCAUUCUCCCUUCUCAGCAACAGGACCUAUUGGCUGCUCCAAGUCGCGAGCCACCCCCACGAGAUCCCCGGCGACGGUUCCAACAACACCAGCACCUUCAUCAACAAGACUCGCGCUGGCGUCCUGCAUCGUCAGUCUACGGCGACAGUGACGACACUGUCGGCGGCGUCGACCUCAAGGGCCCCGUCAAGCAGGCAUCCGGAGACAUGUACGUCCGCCCAGCAGCUGAGGAGCAGGUUUCUCCUCCCAGCUCCCCCGAAGCUGGCGCUCUCCACGGCGGACAUGCCGCCGACGAUGUCUCUCCCAUCGACGAAGAGCUGGAUCGCUUCCAGCAGCAACUCAUAGGAGGCCCGCUCCGAGCACACCCAGAGCGCCCCGCUCCUCACCAGCAGCGAAGCCAUAUUCCUUCGUUGCAGCAUGCUCAUCACCUACCGCGAAGUGUGCCCGACCCGUCGGUCCCUCAGCUGCGACAACCUGUGCCCCCCGAGAACCGCUUGUGGGAACGCCAAAUCCAUCACGGGCACCACCGCCCAGGGCAACCUGGGAAUGCAAUGCCACGGGAGCGUGCUGCUGAGACGCUCAACCCGCCUCAAGCAUUUGGCUCUACCACAGUGGUAACGGCACCCGUGUCGAGCCACCGCAACACACCAUCGCCCUCGUUUGGGCAGCGCAUGCGAUUUAUGGGACGGAGCAAACCCGAGCCGCUUGACAGCCGGCCCCCGUGGCAUGGGGCGAGUGGUCGGACGAAGCUGAUCAAACCCGUACGCGAUGACCCGAAGGCAGGUCCUCUUCAGAUUCCCCGGAAGAGCAGCAAGCGCACAGGUCGUGGCGGGGUGCCCAUUUCGACAAGUGCCCAUACCCCGGGCGGCCAGGCUACAUCUGAAACGCACAAUGCGGGAGCCGCUACAGCUCCAGCGCGCAACCCGCACCCCCUGGCAGCCGCCCACGAGACGGCUAGAAAAGCUACCAGCCCGUCGUGGCAUGCCCAAGCCCCUCUUCAAUCUCAGUCUGACGCUGGAGCGCAUUCGUAUCCCAGCCCACCCGACACGGACUAUCUGUCCCCAUCACCUCCAGCUGCCGCUUUCCAAUCGUGGGAAACCUCGGUGGCACCACGCGGUGUCUCACCUGACGUGCAUCCGUCCAAGCCCAUCAAGCGGAAGCCCCCACCAGGUGCUUCCACCGCAUCCCCGGGCACGGCCUUGUCUCACUCCAUUGGCGCAAGCGCCGGGCCUUCGAGCGAUCAAGACGCCUGGGUGCAACCGCCGUCACGAUUCAGCGUCACAACGUACGCGACAUCGAAUCCCGGCUCGCCCCGACAAUCAGUGGACGAGCCUCCCGUCCCAGCCCUGCCGGUGCUGGCGACCCCGGGGAUGGAGCGAAGACGGCCCGCCGCUGAGGAGUACAGCGUUGGAGCAGAGCCCGAGCCCGUUGCCAUCACGAUGAGCAGUCCGUAUUCAGCCUCGAGUCACGUUCCAGUCCACGAGCGCGCUGCGCAUGCUCGCAUAUUCAGCGAGAGCCAGCAGUCUGAUCGUCGCUCCUCCAUGCUGUCCAUGGCGAAGCCGCUCCCUCCAGCUCCGCACGAGCAAUCGUCGUCGAACGAUCGCGUCGCCAACUUGAACGCGCAGAUCCAGGGCCUGGUGCAUCGGCGGAUCAAUAUCACCAGAAGCAUCAAGCAGAUGACGGAACUGAUGCCCGCCGACAACCUACUCGCGAGUGAAGAGGUGCUUCGCAAGCGCGAGGUGGAGAAGCAAAAGGUCGACGCCCUGAAGGGGGAGCUCGCGGAGGUGCAGCGGGAGGAAUACGAGCUGGGCCUCAAGCUGCACCGGGCGUACAAGCGGCUGGACCAAGACGCCGAAUUCGAGCCCACGACGCUGUGGGUGAGGAGGGUGACGGGUUGACGCCACUGAGAGCUUUGACAAUGUGUAUUUUGUCGCAGCAAGCGGACAUGUUUUACGAGUGACGAAUGGAAUGGUC